AUGGGCAUUGAAAACGGUUCCUUCAUCACUGAGUUUAUCUUGGUGGGUUUAACAGAUAAUUCAGGAGUCCAGUUUCCUCUCUUCUUCUUCUUCCUAGGAAUCUAUGUCAUCACUGUGGCAGGAAACCUGGGCUUGAUUACUUUAAUUGGACUAAAUUCUCACCUUCACACUCCCAUGUACUUCUUUCUUUUUAAUUUAUCUUGUAUUGAUCUCUGUUACUCUUCUGUCAUUACCCCAAAACUGUUGGUAAACUUUGUGUCAAAGAUGAACACCAUCUCCUAUGCAGGAUGCAUGACUCAGCUCUUUUUCUAUUGCUUCUUUGUCAGUGCAGAGUGCUAUGUGUUGACAGUGAUGGCCUAUGACCGCUAUGUGGCCAUCUGCAAGCCUCUGCUGUACACAGUCACCAUGUCCCCUCAGCUCUGUUCCCUGCUAGCUGUGAUGGUUUAUGUGGGGGCAUUUAUCGGUGCCUGGGCCCACACGGGGUGCAUGCUGAGGUUGACUUUCUGUGAGUCCAACACCAUCAACCACUACAUGUGUGACAUUUUGCCCCUGCUGGAACUCUCCUGCACCAGCACUCACAUCAAUGAACUGGUGGUCUUCAUUGUGGUGGGCUUUGAUGUUGGUGUGCCCAGCCUCACCAUCAUUGUCUCUUACACUUUCAUCCUCUCCAGCAUCCUCCACAUUCGUUCUAAUGAAGGAAGAUCCAAAGCCUUCAGCACGUGUAGCUCACAUAUGAUGGUUGUCUCUGUUUUCUUUGGGUCAGGAGCAUUCAUGUACCUUCAUCCAUCUUCUGUUUUGUCCAUGGACCAAGGGAAAGUGUCCACAGUGUUCUAUACCAUUGUGGUGCCCAUGCUCAACCCGCUUAUCUACAGCUUCCGAAACAAGGAGGUUAAGGUUGCUCUGAGAAAUACCUUGAGAAGAAAAAUAUUUUCCUAA